GCACACGCAGGAUCAUUGCAAAUUGUUACGUAUAUAACGCAUUCUUUAAGUGAUCAAUUUAUAAAAUCGCGAAGCCAUUUGAACGCAGAUGAAGCUGAAGUUCAGGCAAAUCCCUGUACUGCCCAUCAUUCAAUUGGUAUAGCCGAAUCGCCAUAAUUGCCGAUCCUGUAUGCUCUAUAGCGAAAGUUGUAAUUUUUUGUAGAAAACUGAAUGGCACACACGUGGCCUCCGAGGUUAGGCGGCGCGCGCUACAGUGCGCGCGGCCCGAUCUCUGAGGCUAUGAGGCACGUAACUUCUCUGAGGAGAAAGAAGUGAAGUAGCAGAAGAAGAUGGCCGCCAGGUUGAAGGACCGCGCCUCGUCCUGGUUCCGCUCCAUCGUUGGGUUACCUCGGCAGCAGCAGCAGCCGAGGGCGGCUCGGAGCGUCGCCAUCACGGCACAGCAGGAGACCGGUGUCCAAGCGCCGCCUGGCCUCGCAUAUCCGCCUCCCACGGUGGCGGCACCGAGCAGGUCGCUGCCGCAGGACGUCGCCAGUGCAGCCAUGCUUCAGCCUCCCGCGCCAGAACCGGCGCUGGAGCCCGCCGGCACGGCGACGCUUAUGCAGCCCUCCAGCACAGCACCGCCGAUGUCGAUGUACGCGAGCGUAAUAGGUCAGCCCGCUGCGCCGGAGGCUUCGGCAAGACCACGACGCGCCGGCACCAUCGCAAACCAGCCUUAUAUGGUACCGGAGACGGUGCCUGUCGGAGAAACCGACGUCCACCUGCAGCAAAUGUGCCGCCGCAGUUCGCUGUGGACGCCACUACCGCACCAGGGUGCGCAAACCGGGACCGUCCCACUGGUGUCGCUCGAGAACUCGGUGGUGGUCAUGGGCGACUACCCCAAGUCCGUCGGCGAAACACCAGCGGAGCAAGGAGAGACUGUCCGCGCGAUCUGCCAGUUCGUCAUCUUGCUCUUCUUGACGACGGCCGCAGUGCUCGUCCUAUGCCUGCUGCUCUUCGGAUCCUCGUUCGAAACUCGCACCAGGAACAGAAGCUCGGAGAACCCUACCAGCGCGGACGAAAGCUUCCGCCUCGAGGACUUUACGGUAGCCCCCGAGAUAGACGUGAUAACUCUGCGUGGGUCCACAAACGGAACCACCAUGGCUGUCUGGACCUUCUACAAGGACGUGGCCGAAACGGCGACUGGCAUACACAGGCGCUGACUGGAAGUAGCGGAAACGUAACGCUACGUUACCGAAAAGCCGAACAGAUGUGGGAUUUUUCUAGUAGCUCGUGUGACAUUGAAGAUAAAUUGCA